AUGAACCACCGAAGUCCCUCCAAAAAUAACAACAACAACAACAACAACAACAACAACCAACACGGCACCAUGGAGGAAGGUGGAUCCAAUUAUCAGACCAUGGCCGAAAUACCUUCCACGCCUACCGAGUCGCACACACGCAGCAUCCUCAAGGGAAUCACAUGGCGAUUCGUUGCCACCAUGACCACCGUCGUUAUUGCAUGGGUUGUCAUUGGAGAUGCCGGAGUCGCAUUUCAAAUUGGAUUCUUUGAAGCAAUCCUCAAAAUUGCCAUUUACUACGUUCACGAACGGAUCUGGGCCAAAAUUCCAGUCUAG